GUCGAAGAUUGGAACAAAGUUUGCCGCGUUCACCAUUGAUUGGAGGUUUGUGUGUGUUUUUUAUCGCUCUUUGUGGCUUCAGUGAGAAUAUAAGUUGAAUGAGUGUAGACUAUGGCGAGCUUGCCGGCUGUCCCACUUCCUCUAUGCUCACAAGAUGUGUUGCAGAACGGCAAGACCAAAGAGGAGGUGAGAGGCACACUUCUAGAUGGUCUCGACCGAUGCUUGGGUUGUCAAGGUGCAAAACCCAACAUUGUAGAGGAGGAGGUUGAUCACUUCCUGCAGAGGGGGCGAGUGUCAGAUUCCAAUUUGAGUCGCUUGCAGCGCAGAGUCCAAGCGAAGCUGGGUCAGGGAGGGCGCAGCGCCUGUGGCUCUGUGAGCAGUUAUUCAGCAAGGACCGAAAGAUCUCGAAGUAGCUUUGUAGAGUCACCUCGGAGCUGUGCUUAUGAUGCACUUGUUCCACUUGCACUUCCAGAGGAAGGUGACAAGAUGCCAAGAGUGCCAGAGGAUGAGGUGCUUCGUUGGUCUAAUCUAGCUAAGCUCGCCACCAAAGCAGCACAGUUAGAAGACGCGCAGAAAAGAGAAGCCCAGCGAAAGGCUCAGCAGCAGAUGAGAGCAUGUCUUCAAGAACAAGUUGAACAAAAGACUCUCAGACAGAAGAAAGAUGCCGAAGAUGAGAUGAAGUUCUUCCAGUCACAGACCGCAGACUUAGAGCGUUGGAAGCAGGACCAGAAGAAACUGGCUGAAGAACGCAAGGAGAAAAUGAAGCAGGUGGUCCGCGAUCGAAAGGCCAACACAGAAGAAGUGCUUCGCUCAAAAGAAGUUGAGCGAAAAAGAAGGUCCAGCGAAGAUCGGAGGCUUAUUUUGCGGGCUGCGAAAGAGAUGGAGCUUGAGCGGCAAGCUGUGGAAGAAAGAAAGCAUGCCUCGCAAGUAGCGCAGUCAGUGUUGCUUCAGGACAUCAGAGCCAAGAAGGGGCCAAAGGAGGCUCGCCAAUUACGAAUCCAAGAAGAGAAGCAAGCUUUGGCUGAGUAUUCGUUGCUCUUGGAGAGGCAGGAGGCCAGGAGUCAAGAAUCAAAGCCACGGAUCCGUGAUCAAAACCCGGCAGCUCCACCCCAAGCAGCGCGAAAAGGUGUGGAGCUCUACUACGACCCUGACACAGUGAUGAGGAUUCGCAACGAGGCCCUGGCACGAGAGGAGCAAGUCGAUAAAGAGAAAGAAGAACGACAGAGGACAGAACGGCAGAUGAAUCAGGCCUACCUUUUUCAACAGAUCGCUGAGAGGGAAGAAAAGAAGAAGGUCAUCCUUGAAGAAGAAAAAGACCGCUUAAAAGCAGUGGAGGCCGCAGCAAAAGAGCAUCGAGUGGCUGAACAACAGCGACUACAUGCUGAAAAGAUGAAAAACUGCAGGUAUCGCUUGGAACUUGAUCGGCAGAUCCGCUUGAAGAAAACCAUGCAGCAAUUUCAGGAAGAUGAAAUGAGUGAAGCAGAAAAGGACAUGAACAGGCAAUAUGUCAUGGAAGCCAUCCAGAAGACUUCCGUCCCCUUUGAGGAGACACAGGGCUUCUAAGUUGAACAUCAACUUUGGCUGCCGCCAAAGGCCUUUGUUGUCCAUGUGUGCACAGUAUGCAUUCAUUGCCGCUUAGACAGUUUUGCGCGCAAAGACAGAGCUUUCAAACAUGAUGGACCAAGUCAUCAUGCGAGUUGCCCUUGAGGAUUGACCUCUUCUGACGCGAAGAACGCGUCGACCUGCAUUUAGAA